GCGUUAUAUUUCAAGGGCCUUUUGCCCCGUAUCUUUGGAGGUAGUGCUGUGGGAGCGGCAGUGGCUUCAUUAGUAUGCUGUUUGACUGACGAUGAGUUGAUUCCCAUUUUGAUUUCCAUUGCUGAUGUUAUGGGUAACGUGGACCGUUUAAACCAUGAUGUAGAUGAAAGAUACGGAAAUGUGUUGGAAAAUGUGAUCAAGAAAGGCUACUCUCAGGAAAUCUUGUUGUUCCUCAAGUUUGUACGAGAUACUAUUGGAGACUUGACUUUUGAAGAGGCGUACUUGAAGACGGAGAAGAUUCUCAAUAUCGCUAUCCACCCCACCGACCAGUCAGUUCCUUCAUUGCUCAACUAUAUUACCUCACCCAAUGUGAUUAUAUGGACGGCAAUCUAUGCUUCUAUUGGUACGGGAGUUCUUUCUGACGAUGUGCAAUUGUAUGUUAAAGAUUUUAACAACAAAGUAGUUCUUCAGUCUCCAAACCUCAACGUGAGGUUCUUGAAACCACAAGACGUCAGCUACUCCCAGCGGUACUUUUCCUCGUCAUCAUCGUCAAGACACAGUUCGAAGGAUGACCUUCUGUCAGAGACUUACUCUGACUCCCACUACCACUUGAAGGCGAAAUCGGCGUACACAAGGCUUACGGAGCUAUUCAACGUCAACCAUUUCAUCACCAGUUUAGUACGGCCGUACUUGGCACCAUUGAUUUCCAACGACUUGAAACAUCACACCGAGUAUGGUAGAACCAAGUACCAUAGAGUCACCAACCAAGUGAAAGAAGACUUAGUGGCGGACACAGACGACCAGCUCCAAUACAAAAAUGACAUCAACGAAGCGUAUGUGAAAGACUCUGGGUUUACAGUGGUCAAACAUAUGAAGAAUGUCUUUGGAAUGGAGGUAAAACAUCGUCUUGAAGUUAUCAACAAACUUGGUUUACUUCCAGAUACUAUUAAACGACUUGUUAUUGAUGAAAAGCCUUCGAACCCCCAGUCACUUGCCAGUAUCAGGGAAAUAACUAUUGUUCCUGAAUUGAGAUACUUGGUGAAAGAUUUCGGGAGAGUGUUUGAUGUUCACAAAACCAUGGAGAACAUUCCCUAUUGGGUUUUGGUAGGUGAAAGAUCUGUUUGGCCGUUGUUUCCAUUGAUAUGGUCAAGAUGUGCUAUUGAGUUUGCUUUGGAUGACUUAUAUAAUAUACAUAGGAAAAAGUUUUAACGAGCUAACGGAAAUAUAAUUUGAUAUUCGAUUCUUUCGUAACGUUGUAGGUGUAGCUUUUCUCAUCGAUUAUGAUACUAGACUCAAAUGGAAGCGGUCCCUUUGAAACUGUCAAGAUUCCAGUGAUGUCUUUAGCUCUUCCUGUUGUUAGAGGCUCUAAGUAGAUGUUCAAAUGAGCUCUUUGGUGCAAUUUCACUAGAAAGUCUGAAGUCUUGAAGUUAGGAUCGUAAGCCUCCUUUGAGUGGAUAUCCACGAUCUGAGGACUUGUAUGGCACGAUAUCACAAAUAAGUUUCGACAUAAGCGGUUGAGUUUGACAAGAGAGUUGGAUAGUUCAACACUGGAUAUGCUUGUAGCAGUCAAUAAGAUCUCGGGGUUUUCGAUAAAUACAAUCUUGUUUACACCUGGAACCAUCAGUAGUUGUUUGAUAAUGAAGCUGAACAACUUUGAAGUUUGUGACGAAGCGUUUUCAGGAUUGGUUAUGUGCUUGGUGAAUAAAUCAGUGAAGCAGUCAAUGAAAUGAAAAUUGGACUCUCUAGAUAAGUCAACCCCGUUCUUCUUACAUGCUUUAGUAUAGAACUCUAGCAAAUUAGAGAACGAUAUGUAGAUCACCUGACUUCUUUUUGGAGUUUGUUUGGUGAGGUCUUUGUUAACCAAACAGGCGGUUCCAACUAAUGAGUUUUCAAUUAGUGAAUUGACAAACCAGGUGGGCUGCGUCCCCUCUGUAUAUGCGAUUAUGGAAAGAUGUGAGGAAGAAGAAGAUAGUAAUUUGUCUGACACUAUGCUGUUGUCUUUGAAGAGAACCAAAUCUUGUUCUUGAAUGGACGUCAUGGCUGAUUCAAAGAAUGCUCAUCGGUGCGAGUAUCAAAAUCGAGAAUGAAAGUAUUUCGAGGUGCACAUUUCCAGCUCGAUCAGAUAAGGACAAUUCUGAGUGAACAAAAAUACCUCUUCCAGAAUAUGUUCGAUUAGAUGUUAAUAGACCUGUAAGGUUUCAUAUACCUGAGGUCAUACUCAUCCAGUAUAGUUAAAAACUUAAAAAAAAGCUCCGCGACGGGGAAUUGAACCCCGGUCCCCCGCGCGACAAGCGGGGAUUCUAGCCACUAAACUAUCACGGA